CACAAUUACUUUCAAUCCGAGUUCUCUUCUCAGCAACUUCUGAUAAUUUCCAGAUAACUUACUUUCUCUGCUUACAACAGGCUUACUGCGUGCCUUUCUGUAACUUCAGACUCAAUUCGCGAAGCUUUCACCUGAAACUCUACGAGCUGCGGAUCCCUCUAUCAAUCCCAGUUUACUGCGUCGGCCUCCGGCGUCUGCCACAAUGAGUGCAAUUCUCUCUGCAGACGACCUCAACGAUUUCAUUUCCCCUGGUGUCGCCUGUAUUAAGCCAGUCGAAACCCUUCCAAAGAAAGAGGAAUCCAACUCAGACAAUCCUUAUGAAGUGACCAAAGAAGACAAGGUUGAGCCCGAGAACCUCCCUCCGGCUCAGAUUUCUUUGACAGACUGUCUCGCCUGCUCUGGAUGUGUCACAUCCGCCGAAGCAGUGCUUAUCUCGCUGCAGUCACACGCCGAGGUCCUCAACACCCUCGAUACAUAUCCCGAACUAUCGCUAAGUGGCGUUGACGCUCAAGAUGGCGAGAGUCGGAUAUUCGUUGCGAGUGUCAGUCCACAAGUGAGGGCGAGCUUGGCGGCGACCUACGGAAUAGCAGAGAAGGAUGCCGAGAACAUGAUUCACCAAUUCUUGAGUGGUCCGCAGGGUUUACGGGCUGGAGGAGCGAAGAACAGCGGUUUCACAUGGGUCGUCGACACCAAUGUAAUGAGGGAUGCCGUUCUAUCUCUCACCGCGGACGAGGUCAGCGACUCAUUAGCUGCAACCUCAGGCACCACUGGAUCGUCGUCACCGAAACGCCCUAUCUUGUCUUCCGCCUGUCCAGGAUGGAUCUGUUAUGCCGAAAAGACGCAUCCUUUCAUCCUUCCUCACCUGUCGCGCCUCAAGUCUCCCCAGGCACUCACCGGAACGUUUCUGAAAACGGUGCUUAGCAAGUCCUUGGGAAUUCCCACUUCUCGCAUUUGGCAUUUGGCUAUAAUGCCGUGCUUUGAUAAGAAGCUGGAGGCCAGCAGAGAAGAACUCACAGAUGCAGCAUGGUCUCCUUCCGCUGCUGAGUCUACCACGCCAGUUCGCGACGUUGACUGCGUCAUCACCACGCGCGAGCUUCUUUCAUUGGCGUCUUCCAGAGGCAUUUCGCUGCCCAGUUUGCCUUUGAAGCCUACCUCUCAGCCACAAUUCCCCGACCCAGUAUUGAACGACUUCCUUUUCUCUAAGGGUAACUCUGCCCAGAAUGCUACGACAGGUACCUCUGGAGGCUACCUCUAUCACGUCCUCACGUACUUCCAAUCACGCAAUCCAGGUAGCGAGAUUGAGAUUCAACGAGGAAGGAACGCGGACGUCGUGGAGUACUUUUUGAUGUCACCUGAACGUCAGCCCAUUAUGAAGGCGGCUCGUUACUACGGUUUCAGGAACAUUCAGAACCUUGUCCGCAAACUUAAGCCUGCUCGAGUCUCGCGACUCCCGGGUGCGAGGACAGCGAAUGGGGCAAUGGGAGGCAGUAGACGGCAGCCGAUGGGACGGAAUGCCGCAUCAGGUGGAUCGGGCUCGGACUACGCAUACGUGGAAGUCAUGGCAUGCCCCGGGGGCUGCACCAAUGGCGGAGGACAAAUCCGCAUUGAAGACGCCAGGGAUGCGACAAGCGCACAGACUGAGACUUCUGGGGAGGCGCCGAAGCCCUCCCCGCAUGAACAGCGCGCAUGGCUCGCUCGUGUGGACGAGGCAUACUACUCUGCCGAGUCGGACUCGGAGGGUGAGGUCAACCCUCAGUCACAGCCCCUGUCUCUUGCGGAACAAGAGGCCAGGGUGCAUAACGCCCUGAACCAUUGGGCUACCUUCAUGGGCGUGCCUCUUUCAAAGCUGGCUUAUACUACAUAUCGGGAGGUUGAGAGCGACGUGGGCAAGCCCCAGGGACCACCGGAUGCCGCUCGUGUGGUUGAGUUGGCCGGGAAGAUCGGUGGUGGUUGGUGAUUUCUUACAUUUGAUGACGACAUAUACCCUGUGAUGUUUGCAUAUAUGAUUCCAUACGGUUGCAUCAGGUCUGCAUCUGCAUAGCUACG